AUGAACCCCCAACAACGAGUUGCUCCGUCGAACUUCUCCAAUUUGGAGGAUGACGACGUGGAGACUCGUAAGGUGAUUCUCGAAGAAAUUGGUAAACUGUGGAAGACCAAAUCGACGGACCCCUCGUUGUACUCAAAAGUGAGCGAUGGUGUCUAUGCUCGCAUUGGGAAGAGAUUCUCGCCAGCGAUACUGAAAAAUGUCCUUUCCAAAAUCGAGACCGAGUAUCGAAAGCUGCUCAACUCGGCCAUCGCUACCAGCGAUGUAUCGAAUCAAGUGAUGCAGUGGUGGCUUCACUCAUGGCCAUACAACAAGGCAUUUGCCUUUCGAUUCAAGGACUUUAAAGGGUUCGAAAAAAAGAAAAGAGAAGAAAAGAAAAAAGAGGAGGAGGAGGAGGAGCUCAGGAAUAGAGCUGCUCGACGGCUUCUCUCAGCACAAAGGCGAGCCCAACGGAACCAGACUCCUCAACCCCUGGGAAAUGGACUUUCUACUCCGACCAUGCCAGCUGCUUUCGGAGGAACCCAGGCGAGAGCGCGCGCUCCCAAGCGUUCUGCACCACAACUGGCUCAAGGUGCUGGAACUCCACGAAUCCCCAUUUCGGCAUCAGGAAUGGGAAAUGGAUUCUUGACUCCGUCCAUCCCAACAGCGGCUCUCGGAGGAGUCCAGGCGAGAGCUCGCGCAUCCAAGCGUGCUGCACCACAACUGCCUCAGGGUGCAGCCAUUCAACAAACCCCUCAUCUUCCAAUCAUGCGAAAUGGAUUACCACCUCCAGCCAAUGCAGCCACCGUCAGAAGUUUUGGAGUCCUCGCAGCUGGUCCGGUUCAGAACGGACCAUCAAGAGCCGAUGUGGCUGUUCAGGAGGUGGUGCAAGUCGCCAAUGUGGUGAACACAUUCCACCCAAACAGUGCUGGUCUCUUUGAGCGUGUCAUGAAAGACGCGCUCCUUAAAUUCUGGAGCGAGAUGGCGAAGGGAUCCAAUGGAGGCGUUUAA